AUGACCAUGGCUUCUCUUUGGAGCCAUAACAAAGCCCAAAGCCUUUCCAUUCCUUCUCGCUGCUGCUGCUGCUGCGUCGUCUUGUGGAAACUGGACUUGGCCUUCCUUCUUUACAAAGCGCUCGACCAAAACCCGUUCCGCUCAUUCACAAUGUCAUGCCAGUGUGCUACUUGCACGUCUGGUGAGGUCAGAUGGCCCAGAGACUUGGCGCGCCGUACCUGCGAUGCAGCCAACCAGAGCAGGCAGAAGAGGGGUUGGGGCUGGGGACCUGGGAAGGGGAGGCAACAAAACGGGAGGCCAGGGUCGGGAGGGAGCUUUUUCCUUGUGGAAGGCAGAAUGACAAGUGACAGUGACAGUGACAUGGAGCUGAGCAAGGGGAGAGCAGCUCAAAGCAACGCAAACAGAGAACUAGUAGGGAGCAUCUAG